AUGUUUCCAUCUGGUGAUCAUUUCAAUAACAUUCGACGACGGAAUGGCGUACGAGAUGAAGCGAUGUUGAUCAGGGUGGUGUUAGAUCUCUUUGCUCGACUCUAUACAGAUUAUGUCGCGUGCUUACGUAAUUUUCAAAGCCAGCACAAUGAGUUGAUCAGAAACGGUAAUUCCAUUCCACCCGACGUACACGAAAGGCAGCUAAAAGCAGGACGGCAAACUCUUCUGUCUACAAAGACCGGUGGUUUCCUGACAGAUUAUGGUCGACAAGGAUUGGGUCAAAGCAAACGUCGUGAACGUUAGGUCCUUCAGAGGUUAUACGGAAACUAUCCAGUAACUUGUGUUGACAACGAGUUAAUGAUUCCUGGUGGAUUUCAAGACAGUGUCAAACAACUCUGGAUUGGGCUCAGUUAUGGACAUCAACAAGUAGUGACCGAAUACGUCAACAUUAUUGUCCUUCCUUGA